AUGGGCUGUGCUUUGCUACCCUUAGGCCCACCUGUGAAUGUGACCUGCAACAUCUUCAUCAACAGUUUUGGCUCCGUCACCGAGACCACCAUGGACUACAGAGUCAAUGUCUUCUUGCGGCAGCAGUGGAAUGACCCACGCCUGGCCUACCGAGAAUAUCCUGAUGACUCUCUAGACCUCGAUCCCUCCAUGCUGGACUCUAUUUGGAAGCCAGACCUUUUCUUUGCCAAUGAGAAAGGGGCCAAUUUCCACGAAGUGACCACAGACAACAAGUUGUUGCGCAUCUUCAAGAAUGGAAAUGUGCUCUACAGCAUCAGAUUGACCCUCAUUUUGUCCUGCCCAAUGGACCUCAAGAACUUCCCUAUGGACAUCCAGACCUGCACGAUGCAGCUAGAAAGCUGUAAGUGUCUGUAGAAAGUCAUGGAGCAAGGCCUGAAACAGCAGCUAGUAAACCCCAUCUCAUGACAUCCCAGGUAUUAAAAGGGCUACUCAGAGUCAGGCAGGAUCUACAGAAGCACACACAGACAAUUCUUGGCACAGAUAA